GCCUACGUAGCACGCAGUUGAUGUAAUGACGUAAUACGCUAAGUUUCCGAUGGCUAUCCGAAGCUUAUUCCGAAGAAUGGACAACUCGGAAAUAACUCGGAAAAAUGCCCAAUUCCCGCCAAAGUUCAAAUGGCCUCCGGCAAUAAUAAAAAGAACAUUGAAGAGCGAUUAACAAACGUUUUCUCAAAGCAUUUAAAAGAGUUUUGCCUCGAAAAUAUUAACUAUGCAACAGGAUAUAUAGACGGUGAAGAAAAUCUGAACUCGUUUUUAAAAGAAUUUGAAGCUGUAGCCCACAUUUCCUACAGCACAGUAAAAUCCGAGAAAAGGACAGAAAAGUCAAAAAGAUAUACAUCUCAAGGGAAGUUGAGAUGGGAAAGUAAAGCAGGAGUAAAAAUUCCUUACAGUGGGAUACCAUUUAUUCUUGAGGGACAGAGGGUUUUAGAAUGUGUUUAUGGGAAAAGAAAGCAAAAGAAGAGGACACAUGAUGAGAUAAAUGAUCAUCCAGAAGCCAAAAAGAAAAGAUUCCACCUUCAAGAUACAAAAAAACAUGGUUGUCAAGCAAAAGUCACAAUUCGUGAAGUUUCAAUGUUUGUGGAUUACGACAUAAGUUCAAAAUCUCAGGGAAUGUCUGGUUGUAUGGUGGAAAGACAAUUAAAGCCAAAUACAUUGCAGAAAAUCAGAGAAAAGUUGGUUGAUGAUCAACAGUCCAUUUCUGUUUUGAAAAGGUUUUACAUUGAAGCUCCAAGAAGUAAUGCACACAACAACCACUCUAUGGAUGAGACUAUCAGUGUUGAGAACUCCAUACACCCAGAACUCAUUGAAAAAAUUACUGAAUAUGUCAAAUCAGGACUCACAAAUCCUUAUGACCUGCAGAAUUUAUUGAAGUCCUAUGUAGAGAAGACAAUGUUUCAUGGUUUAACUGAUCCACCAAGUAUUUUGAAUAGCCAAUUCUAUCCCUCAAUCAAAUGUAUCAGCAACCACAUCUACAAGAUUGGCUACCAACUAAAACUAAGUAAGCUGGACCAGGUUUAUUUGGACAAAAAAAUCAAGGAGUGGUCCAAGGAAGAUGGCAGUAGAAAAUUCUUUUUGAGAAUGUUCAAAGAUACCCAAGAGGCAACCUAUAAAGACCAAUUAUUAUAUGUACACCAAGAGAAAUGGCAGAGAGAUCUCCUGCUCAAGUAUGGUGGUGAAAUCUGUCUUUUAGAUGCUACAUACAAAACAACAAAAUAUGCAGUACCCUUGUUUUUUCUCUGUGUGAAGACAAAUAGUGGAUAUGCUGUAGUUGGUAAAUUAUUGAUCUAUACUAAUUCAUGUAGAAAUUUCAUUAAUGUUCUAUACUUAAACUAUAAUGUACAAACCUAAAUGAGCAGUGAUCACACUAUAUGGGACUUUACAUAGUUACAUAUGU